AUGAAAUCUUCAUCAUUUGCCAAUGUCGUUCUGGAUGGCCCACUGCAAGACAUCCAUUCUUCAUCGGACAGAAGCAAUCACGGUACGAGUCAUCAUCAUAGGAAUAAUGAACUAGUUGAAUUACAAAACAUCAAAAGAGAAGGUGACGAUAUAGAUAUAUCAGUGGCACAGUAUGAAGUUGAUGACGGUCAAGAUAACGUUAAUGAAGUUAAAAGUGAAAAUGUCGACAAUCCUUUGACCAGCGAGACAUACGGGAUAGCAUCCCAGAAUAAUCAAAACACUGAACUCCGCCGUCGUCGUCAAAGUACUGGACAUUUUUCUCAUCGUGCAGUAGAGGACACCACUACUUCAGCAAUGUACGGAAGUGAACUUAAUCCAAAUACGAUACCUGACGGCGGUAAGCAAGCCAACUUAGUGUUGUUUGGUUCGUUUAUGGGGCUCAUUGCUGAUUUUGGAAUUCCCAAUUCCUUGGGUGCCAUUGAGUCGUACGUUUCUACCAAUCAACUUCGAGGUGUUUCCAAAGCAGAUAUAGGUUGGGUUUUUUCUCUUCAUCUAUGUGUAAUGUACCUUGGAGGAGUUUUUUUUGGUGAAGUAUUCGACCGAUAUGGAGCGAGGAAGCCCUUGAUAGCAGGAACAAUAUUGAUGUGUGCCGGAUUAUUUUGUACUGCUGAAUGCCAGGAGUUGUAUCAGUUUAUAUUAAGUUUUGCCAUAUUGACUGCAUUGGGUACAUCUUUAGCUAUGAGUCCGCUUAUAGGAGUAUUGAGUCAUUGGUUUUUGAAAAAGAGGGCUUUGGCAUCUCUGAUUGCUACAAUUGGUGGAUUAUUAGGUGCAAGUUGCUUUUCUAUAAUGUUGCAACAGUUGUAUGACAAAAUUGGAUUCAAAAAUGCCAUAAGAGUAUUGGCGUGUAUUUGUUUUGGCUGUAUGCUUGUUUCAAUCUGUUUGGUGAAGGAAAGAAGAGGUAUGAUGGGGCAAGAGGGAGUACAGGCAGAAGAAGAGGGUGGAAUGGAUGGGCGAGGGGGUGAUUUCGAAAUGGGAAGUUUGUCUGCAUUGAGAAACACAACAGAAGAUGUAGAUCGUGAAGGAAUAGUAGCUGAUCAAGUAGAAGAGGAAGAAGGAGAGGAAGGAGAAGAAGGAGAGGAAGAGCACGGGGGAGAUGUAGUAGAAUUAGAAUCAGGGGAACAAAACGAGCGGAAGAAGACAAAGGGUGGAGAUAAAGAUGCUCAAGAACCUGUAUGGAGCAAAGUUGGUCAUUUCUUUAAGGAGACUUUGGAUGUAUCGAUAUGGAAAGCAAAGAGGUUUAUUUUACUCACGCUUGCUGUUUUUCUCGCGGAAGUUGUUUCGAUGACCACAUUAACAUACUUGGGAUCCUAUGCAUUGGUGCAUGAUGUUGAUGAAAGGUCUUCCUACUUGUUGUUAACUAUCAUUAAUGUAUGUGGCAUACCAUCGAGACUUUUGUCUGGUAUGAUUGCUGAUAAGUAUGGCAGGUUCAAUGUGAUGAUUGUGACUUCGAUCCUUACUACAAUUUUUAUAUUUGCAUUGUGGUAUCCAGCACAGCAUGUGACCUUACUUUAUGUGUUUGGUAUAUUUUUUGGUAUCUCGACGUCGGCUGUGCUUGCACUCAUCCCAGCAUGUGCGGGACAGAUUUGUUCUCUGGAACAAUUUGGGAAAGUGUAUGGUAACAUUUACUUUUUUCUUGGGUGGUUGACAUUAUUGGGAAUGUAUUUUGCCUCAUUGAUAAUAGGCAAUGGCUCGAAAAGUAAUUAUAGUGCAUUUGUGUUGUUUGAAGGUGGGCUAAGUACCAUGUCUAUAAUUAUGUGGGUAUUUGCGAGAUCAACAUCUGUUGGUUGGCGCUGGAGCAAAUUUUAG